CUCCCUUUUCUCCCUGAGCUCUGACUCCAACGCCUCCGCACCUCUCUGCAUCGCACCGCACUGCCCCCAUCUUUCCCUCGCCGGACUGGAUGUGAUAGACAGCGACUGCAGUGACGUCAGCACCGCCCUCCGAAUAAAAGCUCUGCGGCUGCUUUUCAGGUGUGCGAUCCAACCAGCCCGCAAGGCAGCAAUACUGUUAGUUUCUUAUUAGUGGCGGCUUUAUUGGAAAAGUGUGAACGUCGUCGGUGAUGAUCUACAUUUAUUUCUUUUCAUAACUCAGUAAUAUUAGAACACAUCCGCAGGGAUCGGUUAGCGGUGCGUGUAUUUAUUUAUUUUUUAUUUUAGUUUCUUUUCAUUAUAGCUCUCAAAGGACGAUUUCUUUUUCUCGGCGCUAGAACUGGUACUUACUGCCAGAGUGUGUUGUAACAAACUUGACAGUCAUGUCUGCUCCUGCAGCUCCUGGUGCCCCUGGUGAAGCUAAUGAGGGCCAAGAUGGGGCACCAGGUGGGGGACCUCCUGGACCUCCAAAUACAAGCAGCAACAGGAGGCUGCAACAGAGUCAAGCGCAGGUCGAAGAGGUUGUGGACAUCAUGCGAGUGAAUGUGGAAAAAGUACUGGAGAGGGACCAGAAGCUUUCUGAACUGGAUGAACGUGCAAAUGCACUUGAGGCUGGUGCCUCUCAGUUUGAGAGCAGUGCUGCUAAGCUGAAGAGCAAAUACUGGUGGAAAAACUGUAAGAUGAUGAUAAUAUCUGGAGCAAUAUGUGCAAUCAUUAUAGGAAUAAUAUUUAUUCACUUUUUCACUUGAAACCUCCAUCUCAUCUGACGACGACUGAGUGAGAGAACAUGGGUGAAAGAGAGAGAGAGAGAGAGAGUGUGAAAAAGAAGGAAGGACUGAGUAAUGUAUUACAAACAUCAACAGGGGAACUUAACCAUCUGGUAUCCAGCUCAACAAAAUUUUUUUGCACCUGCUCAGUUAUAUGUUUAGCAGUUUACACUUUCCUUUACAAGACUUCUGCUACUGCUUUGCUCCUCAGUGUGCAAAUGCUAUUUUUUCUAUGGAUUGUCAAAUAUAAUGUUAACACAGAAGCUGUCAUACUGCCAGUGUGAGGCUGUGCUGACAAAAAAAAAGCUUUGAACUUGGAUUUGUGGUUGGGAUGGGGGAGGUGGAAAGAUUGGUCAUGGUGUGCAGUUUGCUCACUAAGGUAACAUUUUAGAUCUUUGUGGAAGACUUCACUAUCAGGCCAGUUUAACAGGUGAUGAAUGAUCUCUUACAUCAGUUGAUGAAAAUAUUUCGUAUGUUUUUUUUUCUUCUGGUAAUUUAAGCAAAGAAGCAUUAAUUAUGAACUAUAUAUACUUGUAAAAUAUUUUUAAUGUUUAUGUGAUACCAUAAAUCAUACAUUCUUUGUUUCAUCUUUGUUUCAUUGUUCACCAUCAAUGUCUGUGUUUCUACUAGCUAUGAACUGUAUUUAAAUAAUUAUUCAGUUAUUUGUUUAAAAUUACUAGACUGGGGAAAAAUAAUUAUUGCCAUAAAUGGAUUUUAAGUGAUGCAUGUUGUCACCUUUUGCAAGAAAUACAAUUGGAGUGAAUUAUGGGUAUAAUCUAAGUGACUGUGCAGAUUUUAACUGUCUCAUAUCACCACAGCUGUAUUAACCAGCUGUUAAAUACCUUGACUGCACUUGAAUUUUAAUUAGUUUAGGGCAAAAAUGAUAUAAAAGCUAUGACAACUUUGUUUUAUCUCUGGGAGUAAAGUAUACAUCCUUUAUUAUUGUAGUAUAAUCAUUUAUAGUGCUUUCAGAAAUUAAGUACUUCCUUACUGCCUUAAUUUUCAAUGUCUACAACUGAUUACUUGACUCACGCAUCAUAAAGUAAACAAUAAUUUAAGUAAGGCAAAGUAUUUUAUUGUGCAAGAAUAAUUCUGAAAAACUGAAAUGUCUUCUUUUCUUUAAGUAUUCAGUUAAUUGAAUUAACACUUAGUAAAAACUCCUUACUGCAUUAGGUUGUCUUAGUUGUGUCUGUAUGAAUGGGAUUUUAUUAUUCUUGCUCUUUAUAGAUUAAUUCUAGUUUGAAGAGCAAUGUUAAAGAACUUUGAUACUCAAGUCUAUCUACAGAUGUUUGCAUGGUACUGAGACCUGGGAAAGCCAAGGUCUCUCCUGUUCUUGUUUCAAAUAAACUGAAACAGUGUUAUUAUGAACACAUUCUUGGAACCAUUGUCAUUUUGGAAUAUGGACAGGGUUUGACUCAAUUUUUUGCAGACUAAUUCAGGAUUUCCUGAAGGACUUGGUCAGACCAGUAUUUGGCUUCUUAGAUUGUUACUUUUACCAAAUUCUGGCAAAUGAAGCAAAUACCAUGAUCCUUCAUGGUAGAAAUGGUGUUAAAUGGGUGCUGACCUGUAUUUGUUUUAUCAUUGAACUUUGAGGCUCAGUCAGGGUGCUCACGGGGUUCUUCUUGUUUGGAUGGUCAGUCUUUGUCUUAGUGGUUCAGUAUUCUUUAUAGUUUUGAAAAGAUAAUACAGAUGUAUUGCUCACUGCUUCAUUCACUGAUUUGUAUGCAAUUUAUAUUUGCUCUAAUAUAUAAAGUCAUGAGUGAAGUCUUUUAUAGACAUUUUAUAAAAUAUAAAUGAAAGCACUGUGUAAGUGCCAUUUAAGGGACACACAAUGAAAGAUGAUACAUCUGUGACUACUUACAGAAUCAAGACAUUUCACUUUUAUUUUAAAUUACAUGUAAUAUUUUUGUCACUUGUAGACACAAUACUACUUAAAGGCAUGUGAAUAAUUUCUGUUAAAUUAUUAAACAAAAACUCCAAUAUUUAAUGAUUAUGUUGUGAAUAAUGGGUACACAUGCAAAAAUAAAUAUUGUAGAUUCUUCAGCAGCUAGAUUAUAAGAGCAACUAAACAUUUACAAUAAUUACUAAUCAGUCUCUGCUUUGAGAGAGAACUUUAUCUGCUCUAGAUUUCUUCACUGUCUUGCAUGAAGAGUCCACUUCAGACCUUUCUGUAACAUUUCUUUUGAGUUGAAAUCUGGAUUAUGACUCAGUCAUUCCCAAACAUUACUUUUCUUAGUCUUAGCCCACUGCAUGGCACAUGUAAUUCAGGUUAGGAUCAUUGUCAUACUGGAUGACGAGUUUUAGGUCAAAGGACUUAAGGAAAGACAAUCCAUAAUGGCAAGGUUCUGAAAUCAUAUGAAUUCAUAGUUCCAUCAGGUAAAUUGUAAAGGACAAGAGCAGAGAGGUAGUCCCAAACCAUUGAUUGUGGGGAUGUUAUUUUUAAGGGAGGUUGUGGUGUUUUUUUGUAUGGCAUAUUUUUUUUUUUUUUUUUUUACCUGUUGUUUACCUGUUUUUUUUUUUCUACUUCAUAAUCCCCCUAAAUGUACAGAACUUUUGAAUAUAAAUCAUUUAAUGUAUAAAGGUAAGGAGUAUUUUAAAUUUAGUCUGAAUAAUAUAACAUAUACAGAAACAGAACUGAGAACUGGAAUUUUUCAAAAAGUACUAUAAAUGAUAAGAAAUUGCAUAAUAUAAUUUUUUAUUUAUAUUUAUAGUGAAGCAAACCCUGAAAAAUUCAGUGCUGAUAGAUAUUAUCUGAGAGGCAUAUGGAUAUACACUUAACUGAUUUUAUUUACCUGUACAGGUAUAAAAUUAUUAGUGCAGAAAUACAACAGUGCUUUGCUGCACUAUUUCCAUUUUAAAAUAUGACCAACCAGUGUAACUUACCUACAAUACAUGUGGUAGUCAGUAGAACUGCACAAUCCCGGCCCUUAACAGCACCACCAACCACAUCACCACACUCUGGUCAAUUAUUUUGUUUAUAACGGUGAGUUUGAGCCCUGAAUGUUAAAUUAUUAUCAAUAAUUUUUAUAAUUAUGUAUGGAUUUUUUUUUUACUUUGGGUAACAAUGUGCUGCUUUUAUGAAAUGCUAAUUAAAUGUGCAUGGACAAUUAAUUACUUUUUCUCUGCAAAAUAUCAAGUGGAAGUGAAAAAGUAAUAAUUGUUAAUAACAGUUAAUAUGUUAUUUGAACAAAAUCUACUACAGUUAAAAUCAUUUCUGCAAUGCUGAAAAGUGUUAAUAUAUAAAUGUAUUUUCAAAAGUUUUGCAUAUUACUUUUGUUUCAUACUUCUGAUUUUAACUGAAUAGGUUCCCCAAGUACAUUGAUUUGUACUGUAUGAAAUCCUUAUGAUUAAUAUCUGUAAUCUACUUAAAUGGAUGAAUCAGCUCGUUGCAAAAUUAACUAGAUCUAUAGCUGAAGAUUAUAUAUAAGGUCUUUCAAGAUCGUGAGAUUUCAUUUUAUACUAAAAAUAUCAUACACAUGUAUAUUUUUGUUUAAUUCAGUUUUGUAUUAAAUUUUGUCUCUGGAUGUUAAGUAUAGUCCAAUAUUAAGAUAUCUACUAACUGUGAAUGUUCAUGGUCAAAAAA